ACCCGCCUGCAGUCCCUGGGGAACUUCCUGUUGUCACGGCAUGGGGUUAGUUAUCUAAGCUCUGAGUGUAGAGGCUAAGACUCUGGGAAGAAAAUCCUUCUUCUUGUGAAUGUGACACACAUGGGCUCCACUUUCCAUAUGCUGAGAUUAUACUUCCUCCUCAGUUUGAUGUGCUUGGUAAGAUCAGACACAGGUGAAACAUGUCCUUCAUUUACCAAACUGAGUUUUCACAGUGCAGUGGUUGGAACGGGACUAAAUGUGAAGUUGAUGCUCUACACAAGGAGAAACCCAACCUGCGCAGAAGCCAUCAACUCCACAGUUUUGGGAAACUUGAAUGUAACUAAGAAAACCACCUUUGUGGUCCAUGGAUUCAGGCCGACAGGCUCUCCUCCAGUAUGGAUAGAGGCCUUAGUAGAGGGUUUGCUCUCUGUGGAAGACAUGAAUGUGGUUAUUGUUGAUUGGAAUCGAGGAGCUACUACUGUAAUGUACAACCAUGCUUCUAGUAAGACCAGAAAAGUGGCAACAGUCUUGAAGGAAUUUAUCGAUCUAAUGUUGGCAGAAGGAACUUCUCUGGAUGACAUUUACAUGAUUGGAGUAAGUCUAGGAGCCCACAUAGCUGGGUUUGUUGGAAAGAUGUAUGAUGGCCAGCUGGGGAGAAUUACAGGUCUGGACCCUGCGGGCCCUUUAUUCAACGGGAAACCUCCAGAGGACAGAUUAGAUCCCAGAGACGCACAAUUCGUUGAUGUCAUCCAUUCUGACACAGACGCACUGGGCUACAAGAAACCAUUAGGAAACAUAGACUUCUACCCAAAUGGAGGAUUGGAUCAACCUGGUUGCCCCAAAACAAUAUUCGGAGGAAUGCAAUAUUUUAAGUGUGACCACCAGAGGUCCGUGUAUCUGUACCUUUCUUCCUUGAGAGAGAACUGCGCCAUCACCGCGUAUCCCUGUGACUCCUACCGGGAUUAUAGGAAUGGCAAGUGCGUCAACUGUGGCAAACCACAGAUGGAGCCCUGUCCUGUUCUGGGCUAUUAUGCUGAUAACUGGAAAGACUAUUUAAGGGAGGGGGAUCCUCCUAUGAUUAAAGCAUUCUUUGACACAGCUGAGGAGAAACCCUUCUGCAUAUAUCAUUACUUUGUGGAUAUUAUAACCUGGAAUAAGAACAUAAGAAGAGGAUCCAUUACAAUCAAAUUGAAAGAUAAAGCUGGAAACACGACAGAAUCCAAAAUCAAUCAUGAACCUGCAACAUUUCAGAAAUACCACCAAGUGAGCCUGCUUGCAAGAUUCAAUCAAGAUUUGGAUAAAGUGGCAGCCAUUUCCUUGGUGUUCUCUACAGGAUCUAUAAUCGGCCCAAGGUACAAGCUCAGGAUUCUCCGAAUGAAGUUAAGGUCACUUGGCCAUCCAGAGAGGCCCCAGUUGUGUCGGUAUGAUCUUGUACUGAUGGAAAAUGUUGAAACAGUCUUCCAACCUAUUCUUUGCCCAAAGCUGCAAAUGUAAUUGUUGUCAGGACACCUGAGUACCAGUGACAUCAAGAAUGCUACAACUGCAGGCUUUUCAAAGCUUCACUUCAUCUUUUCCUCAAGGCACAAGAAGUAUGGAAUAACCAGGGUUGUUUUUCUUUUUUUUCUUUUACAGUAAUGUCCUCUGGAUGUCACACUGCAAAAUGUCAAACAACCUUGGAUUAUGAAACAGUCCUGGGAAGGGAUUCUCUAAGUAGGGCAAAUCAGAAAUAGCCAGGUUCCCGACGGCCUAGCCCCGUGUUAGGCUGUGUCCUGGGGCCUCGUUUGUUCCGACCUGUCGAUUCUGCUGCUUGUCACUCGGGCAGUUCUGCCCAUCACAGUGGCCAUCCAAGCAUCUUAAGGGAAGGACUGGCUUGGAGGCCUCACUUUGGACUCGACUCCAUGUUCCCUAUGCCAGAUCCUUCCAGGCUCUGCACAAAGAGGGGAAUGGAAACAGACCUACCUCACAGGGCUCUCGUGUGUGCUUGGAAGGCAAGGCUUUGAAGGAUUCUUUGAAAUCCCCUGGGUGCCACUUCUGUGAGUGGCUUGAUACAUGUGAAUAUGCUUUUAUUUAUUUUGAUACCACUUAUCUAAUGUGCAACAAGAGAGUUUCUCCUUAUCAACACCAACUUCUCUCUUAAGCUAUUUGCUUUAGAAAGGCAGAAAACCAUACCCCUGGCUUCCUGCCUUAUUUAAAGUGGGUUAGUGCAGGAGGAGGUAGGGACAGACCAAGAGGGCAGCUGCUUGGACUAGACAGUAAGUGGAUGAGGGAAGAAGAGCAGAUGAAACAGAGGGGAAGCCCUGCUCAAAGGGAGAAGGGAUAGGGCAGGAGGCAGGAGAGAGGAAGUGAAACUUGUUUUUCACUUAAGGUGAAGAAGCAUCAUUUUACAUGCAACCCUCAUUUUAAGCAAUACUUAAGAAAUGUUUUGUUUUUCUUUUUUACCAAUGUAAUCUGUAAUUAUUGAAGGAAAUUUAGAAAUGCACAAAGGCAACAUGAAAAUAUGCUAUCCAUAGUCCCAGGGCUUCCCUGGUGGCUCAGGGGUAAAAAAAGAAUCUGCCUGCCAAUGCAGGAGAUGUGGGUUCAAGCCCUGGGUCAGGAAGAUCCCCUGGAGAAGGAAAUGGAAAGCCACUCCAGUAUUCUUGCCUGGAAAAUCCCAUGGACAGAGGAGCCUGGCAGGCUACAGUCCACGGGGUUGCAAAGAGUUGGACACGACUUAGCCACUAAACAACCACCAUCCAUCCAUAGUCCAUCCAUAGUUAGAGGUAAUUUGUGUUACUCUUUUGGAGUGAUGCUAAAUAACCUGUUUGUUAACAUGUGAAUUCAAAGCACUAACUGAUUUGCUCUUGGAGCAUCUGAAGCUUCCAGUCUGAGGAAUUCUCAGGUUUUUCUAGGAAGAGGCAUGAUAUAUGAAUCUGGAAUGACAACAGCCAAGUCAAGAAGUCUCCCAAGGGUCAAGGUCAGAGGGGUCAGAACCACGAGAGGGUGAUCCUUAAGCAGAUGCCCAGGAUGGAGACAGAGCCAAAGGGUGGACAGCAGCCCUCCCCCAGCUGUGGCCACUGCAGGAAGGCUCCUGAGAGUCACAGGUCCACUAGCCUCCUCCCCAUCCAAAUGACUGCUCUUCAACUGCUUUCUGUGAGAACAGUCUUAAAUGGAGUCUCUGUUUCAUAAACGAUGGAACUCUGUAAAUAUUCUGUGUGGCACAUCUUAUCUUUAUUUAUACAUACACAGCAAAUCCAGAGUUUGUUCCACUGAAGUGUGGGAUGCUUGCAGCGAAUGUCUGAACUCUGGAAGGAGGAAGACUCAACGAUUCUCCUGCCCACCUGGACAUUUUAUCAGCUGUCCUCCCUCCCAUGUUUCCAGCAGAGAUGGACUCAAGAGAUAUGGGUGCUCAUAGGCUCUGAUUUCUUUUUAGAGUUUUACUGGUCCUGUAUUCUGAUUAGCAUAGUUACUUUUUCAUCCUUUUUGCCUUCCUUGGUAAGCAGGGGAUCAAAACAACAGCAGAAAAAUGCCAGGAACAGCAUUUCUAUUGAUUUUAAGCUCCUCAGGCCAGUGGGUCUCUCUGAGUUUCUUCUCCUGGCAUCUGCUAGCACGGUGCCCACCUCACUGUGGAGUGGGAGGAUGCAUGAACAAAUAAAUAAAUGAAGGAAGUUUGGUCCCUGGAGUGGAGGUGGAUUUCAGUGAGUUUCAUGUAAUAGUGAUCAGGUGAAAUGAAGGCAGUCACAGGUGUGACCACUCUCAGAAUCUUUCUUCCCAGGCCCCUGGAACUUUUGACUCUGUCUCCAGUUAUCCUUGCCUCUCUCCCUUCUCUUUGUCAGUAUAUUUGACUGAAUCCCCAGCCAAAGAUACAGUUAAACUGUAGCCUACCCUGUCCCCUCUUCUAUUCACCAGUAUCUCCCCCUACUUCACUGGAUGGUCCUCAGGGGAGUGUCCCCAGGCCUCAUUUUUCCAUAGAGCCUGCUGGACCUCUCCUUCCAUAGCCAUUUUUAUGCUUUUUUUUUUUUUAACAUGUAUGUGUAUGAUUAUUUGAUUAACGUCUGUCUUCUCCACUAGAAUGAUCUGCCAGGCACAGGUCAUGUGCCUAGUGUGAUGCCUACAAUGUAUUCUGCACUCAGGAAAUAUUAAAUGAACACUGUCCAUAAUCUUGUAAGCCCUAUGGAGUCACGCUCAGUUGUGAGGAAGGAUCAGCCCUCCACCCCCAGCUCCAGCCCAUUUCUCUGGGGGUGCCCACCCUUCUCUGUCUUAGACCUCUCUCCCAGGCACCUUUCUUACUCUUAUCUCUUUUGUCUCUGUUGGUCCCGUGCCCACUUUGCAGGCUUCCUGGGAGAGAGAGUUUGGCUCUUGUUUUCACUCCUCAUCACAACUUUCAGGUGAUCCUGAUACCAUCCUGCAGCAAGCUCACCUAUCCUGAAGCCGAGGAGAGUUUGCCCUCGCCCACUCCCCUGUUUCUGCACCUCAGCUAAAGCCCUCCAGGAUCCUCAGGCAUUUCUGGGUGACCCUGAGCCAGGCUUGCUCUUCCACAGCUCUCUUCUACCACCCACUCUGCCACCAAUGUUGUAUGUGCUACUGGCGCUGCUGGUAUUCAGCCAUAUGGUAAUAUGUUUCCAUGUCGUCAUCUCCUCCAAGGCUGUGAGCACCACGAGAGCAGUUGCUGGUUAUUUGUCUUUGCUGCCCUAGCACCCACCACAAUGCCAGGCACAAAGCAGGUGCCCGACCAAUGUCUGUUGAGCAGAAUGGAGUGGAUUUGUCCUCAGGGACUUUAGGGAGCCACCUCCAUUCUGGUUUAGACAUCAACAUACUUAUUUCCAAAACCUCCCACCCUCAGACCCCUAUCCUGUGUUCUCAUUCCUGACUGGGAUGCCAGCAGCAGAAAUCCACUCAUAUUAGCCUGGAUUUUAUGAGAGAGAGGACUUGUGGAACCCGAGAGAGAGCUGAACCAUCAGACAUCAGAAAGAACAGGGAUGUUGGCCACCCUGGAGCCUUCAGCAGCAAGAGUCCAUGCGACUUCAUUAAUCCUGUGCUCUGCUAUAGGUCUCUCUGCAUCAGCUCCACCCAAUCCACAGGGCAGCUGUGGGUCACUGGGGUCCUUGGGAUCAUUGGGACCACUCACUAGGUGGUCCAAUUCCAAAGUCCAGGGAGAGGACUUGGCCCUUGGGUCUUCCUCUUGGGGCAGGUGUCCAUCCUCUUCUCGUUGGUGGUGGUUGGAACAGGAAUGGGGAUGCAAAGCCAUGUGGUCUGAUCAGAGCUACUCCUUUAUAUUGCUCUGAGCAGAUCCAGUUAAGCCAGAAGAGGAGGGUGAGCCCUAAGACAAAGAGCCACAGGGAGUGACGGGCUAAUUCAUUCUCACUGGAGCCUCCUGGCUUUUCUUCCUUCCCACCCCUGAACCAUCACCCCUGACCUGCUUCCCAGUCCAACAUGUGUCCCUGGUGGGGGUUGCUGCUGUGCUUCACAGGCUGCCUGGCAUGUGCUGAAAGUGCAGGCUGCCGCUGGCUCUGCAGGUGCUGGGCUGGGGCCCAGAAGGGAGACUAUGAUCAUUCUGGAGCUAGGCUGGUAGUGGGGAGCAUAGUCCAGGGUUUCUUCCCCAAAGCAAACGGGCUGAGCAGGAG